AUGAUCGAGCGGUGUGCAGAAUGUUAUGACAUAAACGGUAUGUCGAUAUCGAACAUACCGUUUUUCAACAUUGAGUUACCUCUAACAGAUGACAUCAGUUUGGUGGCAAGGACUGAGGAAAUUCUUGCAAAAUUACGACCUGACUGGAAUUUCGCGAAUAUUUCUUUUAAGUGCUUUACUACUGGUAUCACGAAUAAGAUAGUUUGUGCUACAAAUUCAUCUGCGAAUGAGAUUGAACCGUCCGAACGAGUACUUUUCCGAGUUUUUGGACGGAACACCGAAAAGAUUAUUGAUCGGAGAGCCGAACUCGAGAAUUGGCUUCGUUUGGCUGAAGUCGGAUGUGCAGCGCCAGUGUAUGCUAAAUUCAUUAAUGGAAUCGUUUGUGGAUAUUUAGAGGGAAGAACGAUAACAGUUGAAGACGUUCGUGAAGAGAAAAUUAUCACGUUAGCAAUUUUGUUUCGCUCAUCGCCUUCAAGUGCCAUAAUGUUGAAAGUUCACUUCGAAGUCGAAAGAUCGAUGGCUAAACUUCAUAGUCUCGAGCCAUCUGAUCAUACAAUUGUGAAGCCAAUACUGUUCGAAAAAGGCGAAAAAAUGUUGCGCUAUUUCUCGACAAAAUUUGAAAACUCUGCCAAACAACAAGAGUUCGAUGCUUAUUUCACAAGCAAUAAAAUAUCUUUGGAAGAUGAUUUUAAGAACCUGAAAAAAUCUAUUGAUACACUUGAAGCACGUGUCGUUUUUUGCCACAAUGACCUGCUUCUGCAUAAUAUCAUCUAUGAUUCGAAAACUGGAAAAGUGAGCUUCAUCGAUUACGAAUACGCAGGAUUCAAUUAUCAGGGUUUCGAUAUUGCGAAUCACUUUUGUGAAUAUGCCGGCGUUGAAAAUGUCGACUAUACGCUUUGCCCAAGCACUGAACAGAAGCGAGCAUGGAUCAGUCUGUAUUUGACUUUCUUAUUAGAUCGUCCACCGUCUGCAGAUGCCGUUGAGAGGAUGCUUCAAGACAACGAGAUUUUUGAGGCGGUAUAUUUGCUGUGA